UAAUGUUAAUUAGGUAACAGAUUCUUUGGGUACACGAAUUUCGAAUAUGAGAUACCACAUCGCUGUUUCUUGUCGCAGUCAUAUAUAUUCUCAAGCUUUUCAGUUGGGUUGGGGCCUUGAAGAGGUGAGUUUAGCGCAACAAUUUCGUCUGCCUCGAUUCAUCUCCCUCUUUUGCAGGUGUGGUUGGCUCAUUGCCCUAAAGGUCUUAGAUUAAGGACUGGGGUUCAAUCUCAGAUCAAGGAAAAUCAAUUGCAGUAAGUUGAUUGAAACUGCCACCGAAGAAGAGUUGUAGAGGCGAUUACCUUGCUCCUUUUGACUAGACAUAUUUGUAGCAGCCUCACUUGGUGAACUAAGAAAUGGGUGAUGUUGCCAAGGAUUUGACUGCCGGGACUGUUGGAGGGGUGGCGCAAUUGAUAUGCGGUCAUCCUUUUGAUACCAUUAAGGUGAAGCUACAAAGUCAGCCGGCUCCCCUUCCUGGGCAGGCACCUAAAUAUUCGGGUGCCAUGGAUGCUGUAAGGCAGACAAUUGCUGCAGAAGGUCCGAGGGGUUUGUACAAAGGCAUGGGAGCCCCGCUUGCGACUGUGGCUGCCUUCAACGCUUUGCUCUUCACGGUUAGAGGUCAAAUGGAGACAUUGGUGAGGUCUGAACCAGGUGCCCGGCUAACUGUGAGCCAGCAAAUCAUUUGCGGGGCAGGGGCAGGAACUGCCGUUUCUUUUCUCGCCUGCCCAACUGAAUUAAUCAAAUGCAGAUUGCAGGCGCAGAGUGUGUUAGCUGUAGCAGGCGGAGAUGUGGUGGCAGCAGUGAAGUAUUCCGGGCCAAUGGACGUGGUGAGGCACGUCCUCCGGUCUGAAGGAGGUACGAUGGGCCUCUUCAAGGGACUGGUCCCCACUUUGGCUCGUGAAGUACCCGGAAACGCUGCAAUGUUCGGUGUGUACGAGGCCAUAAAGCAGUACCUUGCAGGCGGGCAGGACACUUCAGGGCUGGGACGAGGCUCUCUGAUCGUAGCCGGAGGCCUAGCCGGGGCUUCCUAUUGGGUUUCUGUCUACCCCACCGACGUCAUCAAGAGCGUAAUCCAGGUCGACGAUUACAAGAACCCCAAGUUCUCGGGCUCCAUCGACGCCUUCAAAAAGAUCUUGGCGUCGGAGGGAGUGAAGGGCCUUUACAAAGGAUUUGGACCGGCCAUGGCUAGAAGUGUUCCAGCAAAUGCAGCUUGUUUCUUGGCUUAUGAGGUUACAAGGUCCAGUUUGGGGUAAUAAUCAUGCCUUUCUUAACCAUUCAUUCUCAGCUUUUCAGUUAGGCAAUUGUCAUUCAACAAUUCUAAACAAUUUAUUCUUAUUUGAUAAACAAUUUUAUUCAAAAUACUUAGUUUAAGCAUGAUAAAAAUAACUUGUACCUGUUGCUAAUAACUUUUAUAGUUAUAAUCAUUUUUAUUUACA